GAGCACAGCACCAGGAUAUGCCGCCCAGCCCGGAGCAGGAAGGGGUAGGACCUGCCUUGUGGGUGGCCUCUGCGCACAGGCUCCUCUCCAGACACGGUUCUCCUGGUGCACAAUGACAUCUCACUGCCUCUGUCUUGGCCUGACACCACUGGUUCUGCUCUGCUGCCUGCCCCUGGUGCACCCAGACCCAUGCGGCCUGAGCAUCGUGCCCAAGGACCUGGCGGUAGCGUUUGGGGGUGACGUGGUUCUGAACUGCACCAGCACGUGCUCCAGUCACACCAGCCUGGGCUGGGAGACGUCGGUGCCGAAGGUGACGAAGGAGGGAACCGGCUGGAUGUCUCUGCACAUCUCCAACCUCAGAGAGUGGGACCUAAAGCCCCUGUGCUUUGUCAGCUCCACGGACAUCACCGAAAAAGCCAGGCUCCACGUGUACCGAUUCUCACCCCCUGAGAUCCACCUGGGAGCCGAGAUGGUGGCUGGUCACCAGGAGCGAAUCACCUGCAACGUCUCCAGCCUUGUGUCCGGCUCCGUCCCCUCCGACAUCAACAUCACCCUGAGCAGCGGGGGCAGCACCCUCAGCGAAAGCGGUGGCAGCCCGGCCGUGGGGUACAGCUUCGUGGCACAGCCCACGCAGCACGGGCAGGAGAUUGUGUGCCAGGCCUGGCUCCGCGUGGGCCACCAGGUGCUGAGUGACAGCGCCAGGGCCACCCUGCACGUCUGGGCCCCUCCCCACAGCGUGAAGGUCUCCGUGGAGCGGCUGCAGUUCGGGGUCGGCGCUAACUUCACGGUGUGGUGCAGCGCCGAGGGGAACCCCCCACCCAAGCUGCGCUGGGAGCUGCCCUCCAACGCCAGCGUGGAGCUGUCUGACCGCGGCCAGACGGUGACCGUGCGCUCGGCUCAGCGUGCCCACAAUGGGACCUACCGGUGCCUAGCACAGAACAGAUACGGGACCAGCUCGGGGCACAUCGAUGUCCUCAUCGAAGUCUCCACAGUUCCCCGAAGGUCCUGGAUUGUGAUAGUCGCAGUUGUGCUGGGGGUGACUGUGGUUCUCGGCAGCGUAGCCCUGGGAGUGUGGUGGCUUAUGAGAAAAUGAUUCAUGACAUCUUAGCUGUGGUCCAGGGCUGCCCCCCGCCCGCCCGCAGUGGGGAGGGCAACUCAGGGAAGGGGGAAGAACUGGGCAGUGAUGGGCCUGAAUCUUUGGGUGAGGACAAGGAGCCCAGAGGUGUCUGAGCCCGAAGCCCUCACCCCAGGGGACUGGUUCCUGGGGCGGGUGGGGUCACGGCCCUUUCCCUGAUGUGCCCCGGCUGGUGGGCUGGGACCAAGCAGAGGAGCCGAGCUGGGCCGCAGCUCUCCAGGGUGUCUAGCCCUGGUGCUUGUGUGCGUGUGUGUGUGCAUGUGCCUGUGUGCGUGCACAUGAGUGUGAAUGUGAGUGUGCAUAUGUGUGCAUGUACAAUCCUUUCUUCGGUGCCCUGGGACUGUUACAUUUACAGUGAGUCCAGUCCAGACGCCCGGGUAACCCCAUGCUCCCUCCCACCCAGUGGCUGUCAUUGGUUCCACAUGGUUUUGAGGGUCUCAAAUAAACUGACUGCCUGGG